ACCUGACUGUAGAGUCUCAUAGCAAUGGCGUCUUCCUUGGUGGCGGGCGAGCGGUUGGUUCGUGCUUUGAGCGCCGGUGGGGAGCUGGAGCCAGAGAAGCUGCCCCGGAAGCUGCGGGCCAAGCUUGAGGCGGCGCUGGGAAAGAAACAUGACAGCCCCCUUGGCCCCCUACGCCUGGUUUCCUUUGGUCUCAUCCGGGAACUGCACCAACACCUGCGAGAAAGGGACUCCAAGCUGUAUCUUCAUGAGCUCCUGGAAGGCAGUGAAAUCUAUCUUCCAGAGGUUGUAAAGCCUCCACGGAACCCAGAGUUAGUUGCCCGGUUGGAAAAGAUUAAGAUACAGCUGGCCAAUGAGGAAUAUAAGCGGAUCACCCGUAAUGUCACCUGCCAGGAUUCAAGGCAUGGUGGGACUCUUAGUGACCUGGGAAAGCAAGUGAGAUCAGUGAAGGCUCUAGUCAUCACCAUCUUCAACUUCAUUGUCACAGUGGCAGCUGCCUUUGUCUGCACUUACCUUGGAAGCCAGUACAUCUUCACAGAAAUGGCCUCACGGGUGCUGGCUGCAUUGAUCGUCGCCUCUGUGGUGGGUCUGGCCGAGCUGUAUGUCAUGGUACGGGCGAUGGAAGGCGAGUUGGGAGAGCUGUAACUAGUGCUUCAUCUUCAAAGUCUGGAAGAGGUUUUAAGGGGCUUUGGGCUCCCAGUUGCCUGUCACUGACUCCAUCAGGCUUU